UAUACGUCGCUGACUACGUUACAUAAUGGCGUCCGCACCGGAUCUCAAAAAACCGCGCCUUCCCUUCCCCGUUCGAGAGAAAACGCCGAGGGGAUUGACUGUACUUCUGCCUGUGCUUGUAUUUCUGCUUGCGACGCUGGGACUAACCAAUGCCUUCAACCUGGAUACCAAUCUGGCCCGAGUGCUGACCGGACCGAACAGAACUCACUUCGGGUACUCGGUGGCUCUGUGGGCGAAGGGAAGGCACAUGUACAGGCUGGUCGUGGGGGCGCCCAGAGGAACGAACUCCACAGAUGCAAAUGGUACAAUACCUCUCGGAAACGUACACCUGUGUGACCCCUUUGCUACGGACUGCCCCGCUUACCUACAACUGCCGAAGCUCUCUGAUAUGGACGGAAGCAAACCGGCGAUUUCGGGGGGCGGUUUGCGUGCGCAGGGAAUCGGCUUCGGGGAGACCGUCUUCUCCACGGAUUCUACGAGUUCCAAGCUGGCGGUAUGCGCCCCCAGGUACCCGAGGCAAGCCACCCACUACACGGCACUUCAGCCUCGAGGAGCCUGUUUUGUGUUGCAUGAUGAAAGCGGCGCGUCUGUCAAAGUCCUUCCUUUUCCUGAGGAAUGUUACACCAUCAAUAGGGUUUGCUUCAAGAACACAAAUGUCUACACGGGAUACGCGCUACACGGCUUCAGCGUAACCAUGAGCGAGGAUCAGAGGAAUAUUUAUAUGGGUGGACCCUACGCCUUCUAUGCACAAGGUCAGAUCGCCCGCGGGAAAAUGGGCGACGGGAAAGUCAAAACUUUCAACAAGCGAACAUACGGCCCCUCGUCGCUGGACUACAGCUUGGAGGGCUGGGCGGUCGCCGUCGGGCGGUUCGAUGGACGCCUGAACGCCGUGGCCGCGUCGACUCCGGCCUGGAGGAACUCCAAGGGGAUGGUAUGGUUCUACAACAAUCCCUUGUCGGACCGUUACCCAGUCAGCAUGUUCGGCGAGGAAAACGGCGACAGCUUCGGCUACAGUCUUGCAGCGGGAGACGUGGACGGCGACGGCGCGACAGACCUCGUGGUCGGGGCGCCGUUCGCUCAGGCACCCAACCACAUACUCGACCACGGCAAGGCUUACGUGCAUUAUGCGCCGCUGAAGCAGAUGUCCAAGAGACCGAGAUCGGUGCUCGUCGGGAAGGAACCCUGGGGUCGUUUUGGUCACGCGGUCAGCUGUCCAGGAGACCUGAAUCAGGAUGGCUACGAUGAUGUGGCGAUCGGGGCUCCCUUCAGCGACGAGGGGGGGGUCGUCUACAUCUACAACGGCGGCGCGAAAGGCUUGCGGGCUGAGCACACGCAGAAAAUCACCGCAUCCCAAUUCUCGGCCGGACUUCGCAGCUUCGGCUUCAGCAUCGACGGUGGCAUAGACGUCGACAGCAACAGCCAUCCUGACUUGAUCAUCGGCACACCGGUAUCGGACACAGCGGUCUUCAUCCGAACUGCCCCUGUGGUGAUGCUGGAAGGAAGCAUCGAGAUAGAUCCGAGAGUCAUCUCAAUGGGCAACAAAUCAUGCAACGUUGGGGGUCAAGAUGUUGCAUGUUUCAACAUCACCGUCCACAUGCAACACAGGACCAAAAACGUUUCGCGAAGUUUACCGAUGGUGUUUUCGUUCGACCUGGACUCGAAGUACGGGAGAUUCGCCUUUAUGGACGGGGAUGAUUAUAGGUUGGUCGUGACACAUGACGUAACGAAUGCUGCUGAUAACAUGCUUCCGUUGUCCAAGGUGGCUUAUGUGAAGGAAGGUCGGCCCCGCCUGGACGUCCCCCUCCUGGUCAGCGCCAACGUCAGCCUCGCCCCCGCCAGCGAGCCUCAGCACCUUCCCCCGGAGCGCAGGGAGGUCCCCAUCAUUCUCGACCGCCUGCGCCCCCCGGUGUUCGAGGCCCGAGCGAGGCUGGAGUGCGAGGAUAUCACCACCUGUUACUCGAAGCCCGACCUUGUCCUUGAACCUAGGCCCAAGGAGCUGAUGAUACAGGAGGGUAACCUGGAGAUCGAGGUGAUGCUCCAAGUACUCCAAGCCACAGCUUACUCGGUCACCCUCGAAGCCACGUAUCCGUCCGUUCUCACGUUUUCUCACGUAUCCGGCUCUCGCUUUCUGCCCAAGUGUCGCGAAUCUCUCUACGUGUCAGAGCGGAAUCAAGCCAAGCAGAUCUGCACUUACAACGAACUCGGAAAGAAUCUUAGGGUCAACAUGCUCUUCCAUUUCGAGUACAAUCCUCUGACCUUGCUUGUCUAUGAAGAGCGUCGCCUCAACGUGAGCUUUGUGGCUGCCAGUGAAAUCCCCGACAGGAACGAGGCGGAUAAUUCUGUCUCUCUUUUCGUGCCUGUUGUGUCUUGGGUCGACUUGUACAUUGAGGGAACCUCAGCCCCGGAUAAUGUGGAAGCCCGGAUUAACGAAACACUCAGCCUUCGGGAAAUAGUGAACGCGUCCAAGACAGCCAUUAACCGGACGCAACUCGGGCCUGAGACCACGCAUCGCUUCACCGUCACUAACAGGGGCCCGUCGCCUCUGCUGGCCGCGAAGCUGGAGAUACGCGUGCCCUUCGAAGCGCCCAACGGCCUGCCUCUCCUGUACCUGGUGGAGAGUCCCUCGAUGUCGCCUUCUCUCACCUGUUCGUCGGUCCCGCUUAAUCCGAGGAACUUUAAUCUGACUUCGGACAGAGACAGGAACAGCGACGCGUCCUUAGCACAGGGACAAGAGGCAACCAAGCCCAGAAGUAGUCCCGUUACGCCCACACUUACAGAGACCCCGCCUCCGCCCAUGACGACGCAAGGGAGGUCGAAGCGCGAGGUGGGGACCCAGGCAGACGGCGACGAAGGCGGUGACGAGGACGAAGACCCUUCUGACGGAACGACGGCGGCGGAGACACCCUCACCCCCGACGUCGCUGCCAGACGUAGAUAACGGCACGAGGACCCCCGCUUCAGGAGAGCAGGAUCUGCAGGCAAAGGCUGACAAGAAGAAAAUGGUACUGGACUGUAAUACCAUUGAGUGCCAAGUUAUCAGAGUAUAG